GAAAGUAGAUCUCUUUUUCCAUUCUUUUUUUUUAUAUCAUACAGCUUUACCAUCAUGAGACCCAUUUUACUACAAGGUCAUACACGUUCUUUGACCCAAAUCAAGUACAACCGUGAAGGUGAUUUGUUAUUCUCAGUAUCAAAGGAUAAGGUCUGCAAUGUUUGGUAUUCACAUAAUGGUGAACGUCUUGGUACCUACAAUGGUCACCUUGGUAGUGUGUGGACUGUGGAUGUAAACUCUACUUCAACCAUGGUAGUGACAGGUUCAGCAGAUAACACAGCCAAGUUAUGGGAAGUACAAACGGGACGAUGCCUCAAAUCUUGGGAAUUCAAGACAGCAGUGAAGCGUGUGGAAUUUAGUGAAGACGAUACAAUGAUCUUGUGUGUGACAGAAGAACGUAUGGGUUAUGCAGGUACUAUCACUGUCUUACCUGUGAAUCCUGAUGUGAAUGCUCAACAAGCCAGUGAACCUCUUGUACAACUGGUGAACCAACAAGGUAAUGCCAAGGCAGUGGUUGCAGGAUGGACAUACCUCAACAAAUACAUCAUUAGUGGUCAUGAAGAUGGAUCUCUUUGUCAAUGGGAUUGGAAGGCCAAUGAAAAACUCAAGUCUAUCAAGCCUCAUGAUGAACUCAUUUCUGAUUUACAAUUCAGUCCUGAUCGUACUUAUCUCAUUACUUCCUCUAAGGACAAAACUGCAAAGAUCUUUGAUGUUGACACUUUGGAACAAAAGAAGACCUUUUCUACCGAUACACCCCUUAAUUCUGCCUCUUUGACUCCCAAAUUCCAAGAAUUCGUUAUUGUCGGUGGUGGUCAAGAUGCCAUGAACGUCACCAUGACUUCCGCUCGUGCCGGUAAAUUCGAAAGUCGUUUCUAUCACAAGAUCUUGGAAGAAGAAGUUGGUCGUGUACGUGGUCAUUUCGGUCCUAUCAAUACUAUUGCUGUACACCCUGAUGGAAAAAGUUAUUCUAGUGGUGGUGAAGAUGGUUAUGUGCGUGUACAUCAUUUUGAUCCUGAUUACUUUACCUUCAAGAUGGAAGCUUAGAUAUAGUUGAAUCACCUUAUUCAUGCCCCACUCUUUCUUUUAUUUUUUUUUUUCACCCUCAAUCCACUUGUAUCUCUUUUUUCUUUUUCAUCAUUUGUUUGUUUAUUUUACUUUUCUUUUUUUUCCCUUUUACAUCCAACCCUCAUAUCUAUUUUUUUUUUUUUAUAUUCAUGAUGAAUAGCUACCCCACCUUUAUAUAUGUAUGAAUUUUAUUGUUUUGCCAUUGAUGAAAGAAAUAAUAAUAAUAAAAAAGGCGCUAGGAACCUGAUUCUUCUAUGAUCUUGCUUUUUUUUUUUGUGAAUGGAUCAGCAUUGUUUA